AUAAGAACAAGAAUAGAAAAAAACGAAGGGACAGAAACAGAAAUGGGAUCAAAGUUUCAUGCUUUUAUGUUUCCAUGGUUUGGUUUUGGCCACAUGACUGCAUUUCUACAUCUGGCUAACAAGCUAGCUGAAAAAGGGCACAAAAUCACUUUCUUGCUCCCCAAGAAAGGUCUGAAGCAACUUGAACCUCUCAAUCUGUUCCCAAAAUCCAUUGUCUUUCACAUUCUUACCAUCCCUUCCGUCGAUGGUCUCCCUGAUGGCGCCGAAACAACCUCAGAUAUCCCAAUCACGUUUGGGAGUUUUCUGGCCUCAGCUAUGGACCGCACACGCGGUCAGGUCGAAGAAGCGGUUCGAUUAGGUAAACCGGAUCUAAUUUUCUUUGAUUUUGCUCACUGGAUUCCGGACAUAGCUAGAGAUUGUGGAGCCAAGAGUGUGAAUUUUGUAACGAUUUCUGCAGCAUGUGUAGCUAUCUCAUUUGUCCCUGGUCGUAGUCCAGAUGAAUUAGCUAUACCUCCUCCGGGGUAUCCUUCGUCCAAGGUGUUGCUUCACGGACAAGAAACCAAUUCCUUGUCAUUUCUGUCCUAUCCAUUUGGUGAUGGAGUGACGUUUUACGAACGGAUCAUGACAGGGCUUGUGAACUGUGAUGUCAUAUCGAUAAGGACUUGCCAGGAAAUGGAAGGAAAAUUCUGCGAUUUUAUCGAAAGGGAAUUUCAAAGAAAAGUUCUCUUGACGGGUCCAAUGCUUCCUGAGCCGGACAAUAUCAAACCACUAGAAGAUCGAUGGCAUCAAUGGCUGAGCCGGUUCGAACCAGGAUCAGUAGUAUACUGUUCGCUUGGCAGCCAAAUCAUUCUUGAGAAGGAAGAAUUUCAAGAACUCUGCUUAGGAAUUGAGCUGACCGGUUUACCAUUUAUUGUAGCGGUAAAGCCACCAAAAGGCGCAUCUACCAUCCAGGAAGCAUUACCAGAAGGGUUCGAAGAUCGGGUUAAGGAGCGUGGAGUGGUUUGGGGAGAAUGGAUGCAGCAGCCACUGAUAUUGGCUCAUCCAUCAAUAGGUUGCUUUGUGAGCCAUUGCGGGUUUGGGUCAAUGUGGGAGUCUCUAUUGAAUAACUGCCAAAUAGUGUUUAUUCCACAUUUGGGUGAACAAAUAUUUAACACCAGGCUAAUGAGCGAGGAACUCGAGGUUUCAGUGGAGGUGAAAAAAGAUGAAACAGGAUGGUUUCCAAAGGAGAGCUUAAGCGGUGCGGUUAGGUCAGUAAUGGACAAAGACACCGAGCUAGGGAACCUAGUAAGGAGGAACCAUGCCAAAUGGAAGGAGUCUCUACUUAGUUCCGGAAUAAUCAGUGGUUAUGUCAGCAAGUAUGUAGAAGCACUGGAGAAACUAGUCUAAAAGAGACAACAUGAAAUAAAUUGCAUUGGUCUUAGUAACGUUGCUAUCAUUAACUAUAUAUACCACAUAACAUAAAAUGAAUUUUCUAUCUUGUAAGAUAAACAUCUAUAUAACAAUCAAAUCACUCCUUGUAAUGAUUUCCUGAAAGAGUUGCCAAAAAAUAAAUUCAAAGAAUUUAAAGAAAUAUUGGGACAUUGGUAUGAAAAUGAAGUUUUAGCUUGUAAGUUUCAAUUGUCACAAAAAAAAAGCUUGUAAGUUUCAAUAUCUUAGUCUGUUUUCUUUUCAUUGGUGUAUCCUACUUGUGUUUUUUUAAGACUUUUUCUUGGGUUCACCCCCUAGGGUGAACCUUUAGGUUCACCAACCAAUAGAAAGUUGUCAUUUUAGAUCUAGUAUC